GAGCCCUAAUUCAAUCUUAAUCGUCGAUAGGGAGUGAGGGAAAAGGGGGAAAAAUGGUGUGCAUAAGGAAGGCGACGGUGAAGGAUCUUCUGGCGAUGCAGGCUUGCAACCUGUUCUGCCUACCCGAGAACUACCAGAUGAAAUACUAUCUCUACCAUAUCCUCUCCUGGCCUCAGCUCCUCUACGUCGCCGAAGACUACAACGGUCGCAUCGUCGGCUACGUCCUCGCCAAGAUGGAAGAAGAGACCACCGACUGCCACGGCCACAUCACCUCCCUCGCCGUCCUCCGCACCCACCGCAAACUCGGUCUCGCCACCAAACUCAUGACCGCCGCCCAGAACGCCAUGGAACAGGUGUUUGGUGCCGAGUAUGUGUCCCUGCACGUGCGCAAGAGCAACCGUGCGGCCUUCAAUUUGUACACAGAGACCUUGGGGUACAAGAUUCAUGAUGUGGAGGCUAAGUAUUAUGCGGACGGAGAAGAUGCUUAUGACAUGAGGAAGGAGCUUAAAGGGAAGCAGCACUACCACCAUCAUCAUCACCACCAUCACCACCACCACCAUGAGCAUGGUGGUGGGUGUUGUGGUGGGGAGGUCAAGGGAAAUGCUAAAGCCAAUUGAUUGAGUGGUUAACGAGUCUUGGAAAGAAAUGAAAUGAGAAUUUUAGUUUUAAAGUGGUUGAAUCGUGUUGUGCAAACUUGAUGUAGAUUUAUCGGGCUGUGUUAGUUCAAUUUUAAGAAAAUUUUUUCUUUACUGGCUUGGUGAAUAUAGACACUCUUUCGGCUUCAUGAUGCUUGGAUUGAUAACAAGAUUGUUGCCUUUCGCUAUCUUUGUUGUUUUAUCAUGAGAAUUUAUUUUAUUUUCAGUUGAAGAUUUUCUGUGUGGAGAGUAGUUAGUUGCAGGCAUUGUGGAUUGGUGUCACGCCAUGUGGAGCGAUAUCUAUCUUCUAGUGGGGCUUCAUUUUUGUUGCACUAUGGUUCUAGCAUAGUUGCAGCUGUUGUGGUCACGACUGUCUACAGUUUUGCUGGGAAAGAGGCAUCUUUUAUACCAUUGUUAUCAUUGUAAUAUUGUGUUCAAAACCUUUCUGUUUUAGCUUUCACUGGAUUAGUGUUGGCGUUUCGCACACCGUAGGAAGUUUAUGUUGCAAUUCAUUUUAUUUUAUUUUACUUUAUUUUUGUUUGUUUUUCUUUUCUUCAGAGCUAGUUCUGAGUUUUCGUGCUUGGACUGGUGGAGAAUACUUAAAUUUUUAUAGUCAGAGUUUAACUUUGAUGUGUUUUAGCUAAA